GAAUCCAUUUGCAUAGGUCAAUCGAACUGGGAAAGCCCUCCGCGAGUCUUCUCUGGCAUCACUACUCUCAAGGCUGGACCCAGCCGAAAUCAUUGCUGUCUAUUCCAUCCAUAACAAGAUCCGUCGCAGUCAACAGGAGUUCGUUGUGGUUAUGGAUGACCAUUCAUAUUUUUGCACCUGCCUCUUGCUGCAAAACAAGGAGAUUGUGUGCAGGCACUUCUUUUGCGUGAUGCAAGGGGACAGCAGGUGCAAGUAUAGGACCAGCCUCGUUCUCAAGCGCUGGUUCAAGGAGCAGUGGCAGGAUCUCGAAGGUUUCGAGACGAAAGUUGGUUCAAAGCUUCUAGUCGCCUACCCGCAUUACAUCGCCUCCACCAGGACCGAGGAUCACCCCGCCAGCGCUUGUACGAGGAUUGUGCACACCUUGUUCUCUACAGGAUCCUCGACACCACAGCCAAGGAAGGAAGAGCGACUGAGGAUAAAGCGACACGCAGAUGUCGCAGGGAUAGCGAGAGAGCUGGCCAUCAUGGGGACAACUGAUCCAGCAAUGCGAUUCAAACGCUCAACAACCUCUCAAUCUCGCUGAAGCGGAGACAGGGGCUCAUGGAGCUACAGGACGCGUCUGACAACGAAGCAGGUCUUGGUGUCACCAAAGACCCACUUGUAGUGAAGCCGAAGGGGCGUCCAAGAGCCAAACGCAUCAAGAGCAGCAGCGAGAUGUCGCGACCAUCCAAAGAAUUCCGUCCUGAAACAGACUUUGAAAAAUAAACGAGU